CUCCUCUCUGACCGGAUGUGACUCUCUGGGAUCUCGGGAGCUGCAGCUUCUCUGACUGAGGGCGUUUUUUUCCCUCCCUCAAUCUUGACCAUCUUGACUCCAAACCUGUUGUUUUUUUCUUUCCCUGGGUGUUUCCCUGCCUGGUUCGCUGCUCCGGUGCCUCGGGGGAGGACUGUUGCCGAGGAGAAGACGACUCAAACCGGAUUAUCUCAGCAAAAACAAACAUAUUUGAACUUUGCGGUGCGCGGUCGAGUUCCCGUUAUUCCUCUCGCUCUGUACUUUCCAGGCCGCACGGUGCGGACGGGCUUAUCUGUUAGCACGCUAAGCUAACCACACCGAGCCGUCCGAUGCAGGCCAUCAAGUGUGUGGUGGUGGGGGACGGGGCUGUGGGUAAAACAUGCCUCCUCAUCAGCUACACCACCAAUGCCUUCCCUGGAGAGUACAUCCCCACAGUCUUCGACAACUACUCUGCCAAUGUGAUGGUUGAUGGGAAACCGGUGAACCUGGGUCUGUGGGAUACAGCAGGACAGGAGGACUACGACAGACUCAGGCCACUCUCCUACCCACAGACAGAUGUGUUCCUGAUUUGCUUUUCUCUCGUCAGUCCAGCCUCCUUUGAAAACGUCCGUGCCAAGUGGUACCCCGAGGUGAGACACCACUGUCCCAACACACCCAUCAUCCUGGUGGGCACCAAGCUGGACCUGAGAGACGACAAGGACACGAUCGAAAAGCUCAAGGAGAAGAAACUCGCGCCCAUCAUCUACCCUCAGGGCCUGGCCAUGGCUAAAGAAAUAAGUGCAGUGAAGUAUCUGGAGUGCUCAGCUCUGACACAGCGCGGCCUUAAGACGGUGUUUGACGAAGCCAUCAGGGCGGUCCUGUGCCCCCCACCCGUCAAGAAGAGGAGGAGGAAGUGCAAAAUCUUGUAAUGCAGACCAACGGGUGGAGCAGAAAGUACGGUUUCAGUCAGAACUCGCCUACUCAGAGGGAAGACGAUGAUAUCUGGGUUCGCCCCAAGUAUCUGUUUGUUUGUAGAAGCUCUGGUAGAUCAGACUUCAGUCUGAAAGAACGCCACAGAUUUAAGUAGAGCUGAUGGUUCUCAGUCAGGUCUGACCUGUGGUUUCUUAAAUCUGUGUUGCCCUUUCAGAUUGACAGAAAUUAAAUAAUUUUGCUAUAGGCCUUGGGGGGAAUGUGAGGGUGGGGGAUUCGAUUUGGGAUCUGGGAUUGAUUGACGAGUUAGAAGGAGGAUUGUACAAGAAAAACAUUGUGAAGAAACACUACUUGAACGUGAAUUUAUGAUGAAAUGACCGUAGAUUCAACUCUAGUACAGAAGGAGGUCCUGCACUGCGCUCUUUCCCUUACACAAGAGAUUUCUGCUGCCUUAAUGAAAUUAUAACUUUUCAGAUCAAUUUUUUUAGAAGCUCAAAUUUCUCCUUUUUUAAUUGUCAGCUGAAUGACGGACUGUUUUGUUUACACGAGUCAUCUGAUGAGACUGUGGUGCUGCCAAAACCCAGUCAACGGUCACCACUGUGUAGUCACUCCAUAAACACUACCAUUUUCUUUUUUCUUCCUUUUACUUUUAUUUUAAACUGCAUUUAUUGUCAUUAUGAAGAACUGUUUUAACCCUGAAAUUAUUAAAUUGGCUCAUAGCGCCGUCGUCAUAGCAGCUGCUAAGUGAAGUAUUAAUUAAAACACAGUAUCUGAUGGAUAUUUAACAGUUAGUUAUUUUGUUUUGUUCCUAAAAGCUUUCUAGACGAAAACAUUGCUCUCUUCUCACUACAUGUUAAAUGAAGACAGUGUUUUUGACUUAUUGUCGAGCAUGUGAAGGUGCAGUGCCACCACAGGCUCCUUGUCUAUUUAUGUGUAAAAAUUAUAUCUAUCAUUUCACUUUCACUAAAUUUUUGCUCUAAAAGCGCUUUGAAUAUUAAUUUUAUUUAGUAAAAGACACUCAUAUUGUUUUCAUAAUGGUGUGUGACCAUUUAAUUAUGACCCCAUCUAUCACUGUUUUUUGAGCCAGCGUAUCAUCUCUCGAAGGUUGUUACUCAUUUAAAUGUCUUUGUUGUUCAAUGCGACCUUCAGCAGAUGACUUUUAUUUUGAAAUGAGCAUUGAUCAAAUGGUAUAGGUACUCUGUUAAACCACUUUAAACCCAGACUCAUGUUAUUAGUGUUUCAACAGAACAUAGGAAGUGCACACUCAGAUUUCUUGCUAAAUGUGGUUUAAUUUCCAUAUAGUAACUUGCUGAUUUUUUUUUUUAAAGCAAAUAAAUACUUUGAAAAUGC